GCUCUAGGGAUAAUAAAUGAUAGAAGAUACAAUGACUUUGCUGUCUCUGCUGGGUCGCAUCAUGCGCUACUUCUUGCUGAGACCCGAGACGCUUUUUCUGCUGUGCAUCAGCUUGGCUCUCUGGAGUUACUUCUUCCACACAGACGAAGUGAAGACCAUCGUCAAGUCCAGCCGGGACGCGGUGAAGAUGGUGAAGGGCAAGGUGGCCGAGAUUAUGCAGAACGAUCGCCUUGGAGGACUUGAUGUGUUGGAGGCCGAGUUUUCCAAGACCUGGGAGUUCAAAAGCCAUAAUGUGGCUGUGUACUCCAUCCAGGGCCGGAGAGACCACAUGGAAGAUCGCUUCGAAGUUCUCACCGAUUUGGCCAACAAGACGCACCCGUCCAUCUUCGGGAUCUUCGAUGGGCACGGCGGUGAGACUGCAGCGGAAUAUGUAAAAUCCCGACUCCCGGAGGCCCUCAAACAGCAUCUUCAGGAUUAUGAGAAGGACAAAGAAAACAGUGUUCUGUCUUACCAGACCAUCCUUGAGCAGCAGAUCUUGUCAAUUGACCGAGAAAUGCUGGAAAAGUUGACAGUAUCCUACGAUGAAGCAGGCACGACGUGUUUGAUUGCUCUGCUGUCAGAUAAGGACCUGACUGUAGCCAAUGUUGGUGAUUCUCGAGGAGUCUUGUGUGACAAAGAUGGGAACGCCAUUCCCUUGUCUCAUGAUCACAAGCCUUACCAACUCAAGGAGAGGAAGAGGAUAAAGAGAGCUGGUGGAUUCAUCAGUUUCAAUGGCUCCUGGAGGGUCCAGGGCAUCCUAGCCAUGUCUCGAUCCCUGGGAGAUUACCCACUGAAAAAUCUCAAUGUGGUCAUCCCAGACCCAGAUAUCCUGACGUUUGACCUGGACAAGCUGCAGCCCGAGUUCAUGAUCUUGGCAUCAGAUGGUCUGUGGGAUGCGUUUAGCAACGAAGAAGCAGUGCGAUUCAUCAAGGAGCGCUUGGAUGAACCUCACUUCGGGGCCAAAAGCAUCGUCCUGCAGUCCUUCUACAGAGGCUGCCCUGACAAUAUCACAGUCAUGGUGGUGAAGUUCAGGAAUAGCAGCAAGACAGGAGAGCAGUGAGGCCUGCAGGGCCUCGGCUGCCCCAGACUAGAGGACUCUCAACAUACUGUUCUCUUAAUGUAAUAAAAGGUGUGGGGAUUACAAUUAGGAUCAUGUGUCCCAACACAGAACCCCUUCCCUGGUGACCUCGAAUCCCUAUCAAGUGAUGAGCAGAGGGUUCCCCAGCUGACACUGUUGAGGGGCUGGAAAGAUUUUGUGUUCCCCCAGCCCUUCUAUCAGUGUUUGAAAUGCAUCCAUAGGUAGCCAUGGAUCCCACAUAUGAGGCAAAAGGAAGAUAGGCCAUGUAUUCUCCAUCACGUUCUUUUCAUGAUCUCUUCUGUGGUCCUUCAGACGGCCUCCUUGGUGUCCUCCCGAGAACCUGUGGGCAGGGCAGGCCUGUAACUGCAGGCAACAUGCCAACAUCAUCUGAUGAUGUGCUGGUGGUGCCCUCUGCCUGGCGGCUUCUGAGCAUGCGCCUUCAGUACUCCAGCAGCCUGCAAAGGAGACUUGCAACGCUUUAUUUCUUGCCUGCUCUUGGAGACUGAGGGAUGCAGAGAAGAUGGAGAGUUGGUGGCAGCUUCCUGCACACUAGACAGCACCCUUCCCCUCCCUUCCUUAGUGCAGCAGAUUCAGGGUGCAGUUAACCAGCCCUAUGCCUCCUCCUCAUGGAGCAUGAAUUUACCAUUUGCUCACCCCUUACAAUGAAGUGCAUCAAGGGUAGCCGCUGACUUCACCAUGAGUUUUUGUCUCACCAACAACCCACAGAAAGGGGAUGAAGCGGGUGGGAAGCACAGCACAGUGCAGGAUGACUUUCUGUCUCCAAGGAGGGAUGAGGCUGGGAUGAGGCUCAGUGCCCCUUUGAGACUCGCUGUCUGUCUCAGCGAGGGAGAUCACCACCACCUCACGCUCACCAGCUACUGCUUUCUGCACAGCCUUCCCCAGCCCAUCUUAGUAGCUUUCACAUCCUUCAAACAGUGUUGGGAGAAACAGCAGCCUGGGAUCACCCAAGAGUGCUGUUCCCAGUCACCGCAAAUUGGUAUUUGGGACAACCACUGAGACAUGCUUCCUGGCCAAGAGAAAGGUCUUUCAUCUUUGGUUGCAAAUCUCUGUCCAUACCCCAUAGCAUUCCCCAGGCAAACACAAGCUGCCUGCUGUAACCUGGAGGGAAAUAGUAGGCUGACUCCUGGGGGAUCUGUGUGCACUGGUCACGGAGCUGCCUGGGAAUUCAAGCAAGAACCCUGAGAGAUGAGCAGCACAGUUACUUGGGGGCCUGGAUUGCUGCUCUCCCCUUCCUAACACCAAAGCUCUGGGGUUUUCCCCAGUCUCUGUACUUUAUAAUUUACAGAACAUAUUAGGUUGUCCGUUUUGAGUGAUUGAACCAGCCACAAACAACCAAGAUUCUCAUUGCAGACCCACACCCGGAGCCUGCCUUAUUCCGUUCUUUCUCAAAGUGGGUGUUUGUCAGCAUGGCCUCUCAAGGCCUGCUUCUUAGCCCUCCCUACCCCCUUGCCCAGCCCUCCAUCCCUCAGCUGCAGAGCUUGCCCAAAGCCCAAUGUGCAGAACAAAAGAUUAUCUUGGACUCUGAGGACUACAAACUGUCUUCGACUCCUCCAGGAACUUGCUUUUCGUUGACUGUGUUGAGAAUAAUGGUUUCCCAGGACAUUUGCUUACUUUUGUACCCUGUGUUUUCAACAUUGGAAUUAGGGUCUUAGUUAUUGCUUUUCAGAAUGUUUUAGUAAAAAAUACAUUCUGUUGUGUUAGACAGAAACAUUGACCUAUGGAGAGACAUGGACACAUGGAUAUGUAUUCUGGGUCAAGUGGGAGGGGAACAAAGGAGACGGAUGUGGGUUCAGUGAUGGAGAUGCACUUGUGGAUUUAGGAUAUUCUUAGGGUUCCCACAACCCUUCUUCUAAGGGUCCAGAUUUGACAGUCCAUAUAGUCAACUUCUCUUUUUUGUAUUUGCUUAAUGCAAAAGUGUAUAAACAAGGAAAAAAUAAUAAUUUGAGAAACAUUUUUAUUGUAAAGAACAAAUAAUGAAAUGAUGUUUUGGUGAAGAAAAAAAGGAAAGACACCAAAUUAGCCCAUUGGUUAUUCCUUGAGCAAGUGGGGUUUCUUAACUGCCUGCAUUAGUUACAAAAAUCUUCUAAUUGAAGUUUAUGGACACCUUACAAAUUUUGCUUUGGAGAAGUAACUUAUUUCUAACUGCAACCAAAUAGAAUAUAUAUAUAUAUAUCUGUAUAUGUGUAUGUGUAUAUACAUAUA